AUGGCUGAACGCCUGAAUUAUGUUUCUGAGCCUUCUGGAAAGACUCCCGUGCUGAACACAAAGUCUGGGGAAGAGGGCAUCCGUCGGGCUGAUGGUAUCUCUGGACUUUAUGAAGGAAAUGUCUUCGAGACAACGCCUGAUGAUCGUCGUCACAUUGGCAUUUUCAGUGCCUCUCUUCUAAUCUUUAACCGCGUUAUUGGUACCGGUAUCUUCGCGACGCCGAGUACUAUCCUUGCUCUGACCGGCAGUGUCGGACUCUCGUUGUUCAUGUGGGUGGCUGGCACUGUGAUUGCCCUGGCCGGUACGGCAGUGUACCUUGAAUGGGGUACUGCGAUUCCAAGAAACGGAGGAGAAAAGAACUACCUCGAAUAUGUCUACAAAAAGCCCAAGUUUCUGGCUACGGCCAUGUUCGCCGCUUACGCCGUGUUGCUCGGAUGGGCAGCAAGCAACAGCGUCGUCUUCGGUCAAUACAUCCUCAACGCAGCAGAGAUUGAGGUUGGACGAUGGAAUCAACGUGGAAUUGGUAUGGCUUGUCUUACUGCCGCCUUCCUUAUUCACGCCUGUGCCCUGAAAUGGGGCAUCCACCUCCAGAACGUGCUCGGUAUCAUCAAACUGAUCAUCGUCGUGUUUAUCAUCGUUGCUGGUUGGGUGGCACUCGGUGGUCAUACUAAGGCCGAGACACCGGAUAAUUUCACCAAUGCCUUUGAGGGCACUCUUGGCAGCGGAUAUGGCAUUGUCAUGGCGCUGUACAACGUUAUCUGGUCCUUCAUCGGCUACUCGAAUGCCAACUAUGCACUGAGCGAAACAAGGAAUCCCGCUCGCACGUUGAAGAUUGCAGCUCCUGUUGCUAUUAUCUCCGUUGCUGUUCUGUAUAUGCUGGUCAACAUCGCCUAUUUCGCCGCUGUUUCGAAGGAAGAGAUGCUCAACUCGGGCAGCAUCGUAGCUGCCGUGUUCUUUAGAAACAUGUUCGGCAAACGCGCCGAGAGAGUCAUGUCGGUCUUUGUGGCCCUGUCUGCAUUUGGCAAUGUGCUAUCCGUCAUCUUCUCACAAGGUCGAAUUGUUCAGGAACUUGGCCGUGAAGGUGUACUGCCCUUCUCCAAGUUCUGGGCCAGCAACUGGCCCUUCCAUUCGCCCGCAGCUGGCCUGCUUGAGCACUAUAUCGUCUCCGCCAUCGUCUUGCUCGCCCCUCCUCCUGGUGAUGCAUACAACUUCCUACUCAAUCUCAUUUCUUACCCACUUUCAAUCGUCAAUUUCUUCGUCUCGGCUGGGCUCGUUUACAUCUAUCUCACCAAAGAGAAGAAUUUCCCGAACUGGAAGCCUGGAAUUCGCGCGACCCUUCCCGUCACGAUAUUUUUCAUGUUGUCAAACCUGUACCUCGCGAUUGCGCCCUAUGUACCGCCGAGCGACGGACAGAGCGUGUACAACGAGCUGCCGUACUAUCUGCACUGCGUGGUGGCUUUGGGAUUGUUCGCAGCAGGCGCUAUCUACUACGUUGUCUGGGCGGUGUUGGCGCCGAAGAUCGGUGGAUAUGUGCUCGUCAAGGAGUCCGUCGUGGAUGCCGAUGGAUGGUCUCGCAGUGUCUUCACGCGAGUACCGCAGGCUAAGGCGCUGGAGUCUUAA